AUGGCGGCCGCCUGCGGCUUUUUUCACACGGCGCUGGUGCUGGACGACGGCGAGGCGCUCCUCUUCGGGAGGAACGCCGAGGGCCAGUGCGCUCUGCCCGCCGAGCGCCUGCGCGGCCGCAGGGUGACGCAGGCCGCCUGCGGCGGCUACCACACGGCGCUGGUGCUGGACGACGGCGAGGCGCUCCUCUUCGGGAGGAACAACGCCCAGGGCCAGUGCGCUCUGCCCGCCGAGCGCCUGCGCGGCCGCAGGGUGACGCAGGCCGCCUGCGGCGCCUACCACACGGCGCUGGUGCUGGACGACGGCGAGGCGCUCCUCUUCGGGAGGAACAACUACGGCCAGUGCGCUCUGCCCGCCGAGCGCCUGCGCGGCCGCAGGGUGACGCAGGCCGCCUGCGGCGUCUACCACACGGCGCUGGUGCUGGACGACGGCGAGGCGCUCCUCUUCGGGGGCAACGCCCAGGGCCAGUGCGCUCUGCCCGCCGAGCGCCUGCGCGGCCGCAGGGUGACGCAGCCCACCGGGGACUCGACGCUGCUGACGCAGCCGCUGGUGGAGCACCCUGGCCAGGCCGCGGGGCAGCCAGCGCCGCCGGGCCCGGCGCGGGGCUGGUUGUCAGCGCUCUGGCGCAGCGGCUCUACGCAG